AUGACUCAUCAUCAUCUUGAACUGGAAAAGAAAAUGAGGAAUAAAUUAGACCUACCCCAUAAUAAAGAAACCUUAGAUUUAAAAUUGUAUCUAUAUAAUAUAUGUCUAAAUUUUUCAAACACUGAUAUUUAUCAAGAGUAUAUAAACAGACUAAGUAUUAAUUCAUAUAAUAAUUGUGACUAUGAUCAUAUUAAAAGAAGUUGUUAUAUUUCCAAAAAGGAUUUUUUAAAAUAUUAUAAUUAUAAUUUUUAUGACAAUAAUUUUGAAUUAGAAACGAGUAACCACAUUGAUGACACCUCAUCUUCCUACGAUCUCAAUGAAACAAAAGAAUUGGAAGAAUUAAAUGAAUUUGCGAUUCAUAAAAUGAAAAAAAUAAAAGAACAAUUUGUAAAAAAUGAUAUUUCAAGAAAAGGAGAAAGUGAAAUAUGUAAAUGUCUAAAGAACAUAUCAUCAUUAAAGAAAAAAAGAAACAGAAAAAAUAAAAAUUCUUUAUCCAUUUCUUAUAAUAGUAACCAUUUCUUAUCGACAAUUAUUAAAAAAGAUAGUUCUCAUUUGUUUCCUACUUUGAUGGAACAAGAUAAAAAUAAAAAAUUUAUAUCCUUAUCACAUAUAGGCCAUAUAAAAAAUGAAAAGUCAAGAUAUCAUGAUGAAUAUCAUAUUACAUCAAAUUAUAUACCAUAUUAUUUUUUUAUCAGAAAAAAUAAAAAAUUCUGUAAAAUAUAUAACGAAUCGAAAGAACAUUCCUCUAUUACUUGUCAUAUGGAUGAUUUUUUUUUAAACUGUCAAAGUAUAAAUAGAAUGAAAUUAAAAAACUCUGGAAAUACUCAAUAUUUUUAUAUGUUACAGAAUAUAGAGGAAGCCCAAAAUGACCCAUCUGUAGAAAUGUAUUAUAAAUAUUUGGAUGAUCUUAUAAAAAAGAAGAGUAAUGGUAAUAUAUAUGAUGAUUAUUCGUUGUGUUCAAUGUUGCAUGAUACAAAAAGUGAUAAAAUUAAAAAAAAUGAUAAUAUUAAAAAAAAUGAAAAAAUAAAAAAAAAUGAUCAAAUUAAAAAAAAUGAUAAAAUUAAAAUAAACGAUAAAAUUGAAAAAAAUUAUAAUAUUAAAAAAAAUGAUCAAAUUAAAAAAAAUGAUCAAAUGAGUAAAUAUAAAUAUAUGUAUAAUAACACCAAUAUAAUAAAUACAAGUAAUGAUUCUAUUUAUGAAACAGAAAGGUCUAGUAAUAAUAUUAUUAAUAUUGGUGAAGGAAAUAUAUCAGGGAGUUAUAAUAUAGAUAUGGAAGUAGAUACCAAUUUAGAUAUAUAUGAUAAUAAAAAAAGUGUAAUAAAUAAAAUAAAUGAACGGAAUACAUUUAAUCAAAUAAAUAAAAAAGAUGUAAAAAGAUUAUGUUCGAUGGAAAUGGAUAUAUAUAUUAAAAGAAUGAUGUUAAAUGAAAAAAUAAAAACUAAUCAAGAAAGAAUUGAUAGUAGAAAUAAAUGGAAUGCAUUAUAUCAAUUUAUAUUUUCUUGUAUAGGUGCAUCGUUAAGUAUAUAUUUUUAUUUAGAUUUACCAUUAUUAAGAACAAAAUUAGAUUAUAUUUUAACAUGUAUGAUAAUUUUAUUUUCUUAUAUAUUUAUUGGGUUACCAAUACUUCAAGUUGAAUUAUCAUUAGGACAAUUAUCACAAUGUAGUAUAGUAAAUAGUUUAUGUUUUUUAAAAAAAAAAUUGAAAGGUAUAGGUCUUCUAUCUUUUAUAAUAUUAUUUUAUUUGCUAAUGAGAAAUAUGUCUAAUAGUAUAAGCACCAUUUUGAUUGUUGUAAAUUCGGUGUGGAGACCAUUACCUUGGGAUAUGAAACAAUGUGAAAAAAUAAAUAAUGAACAAAAUUGUUUAAGUGAUAUAAAUUGUAGGUGGAUAAAAUGGAACAAAAAAAAUGAACAUACAUUGUUUAAACAUCAAGAUAAUAUACAAUCUAAAUAUUUAUUAAAAAAUGAUAUAUCAGAUAAUUAUUUAUCACAAAAACAAUCAAAUGAUUAUUUAAAUAUAUUUAUUUAUAGUAAAAAAAGCGAAUAUGAACAAAAUAUUCCACAUUCUUGUGUCUCCAUAUCAAUUAUUCAAAUAAUACUUUUCUUUACAGAGAAUCUAUCGUUUGCAUGCAAAAUAAUAUCAUUAAUUGUUAUAAUAAUAUUGUUAUAUUUCUUAUUAAAAAUAGAAACAAUGUCUUUAAAUCAAAGUUUACAUUAUAUCCUAUCAAUCGUUUUCAUAACUGUUUUUUUACAAAUACUUAUAUUGUACUAUAUGUUAGAACCAAAAGGAUAUUCAGAAAAUCAAAAUGUAACAACAAAAUAUAAUAGAUGUAUAUUUUUUAGUAAGGAAUAUUUUCUAUAUAUUAAUUUUUAUUUAAUUAUCAAAAUAAUUUGUCUUGUCGUAUUUUCUAUUAAUUGUUCUACUGGAAUAAAUUAUAUUUUUGCUUCAUAUACAAAUAUAGGAGAUAAUAUGAUUAAGAAGUCUUAUUAUAUUAUAUUAGGUUCUUUUAUAGUAACCAUAACGUAUAUAACAUAUUAUUAUUUAUGUAUUUUACACAUAUAUAACAAUAAUAAUAAUAAUAGUAAUAGUAAUAUUAUUAGUAUUUAUGAUGAUGAAAAUAUAUUAAAUUUUAUUAUAGACUAUUAUAAUAUAUUCCCCAUAAAUAUUUCUCAUAUUGAAAAAGAAAAAAAUAGAAUCUUCUCAUUAUUAUUAAACAGUGUAAAAUAUCAUAAUAUACCUCAUCAUAUUAUUAUAUACCUCUUAGUUUUAUCAAAAUAUAUACCCUUUUCAAAUAUGAUGUGUUUUUUAUAUUUCCUAUCUUCUUUAUUAGUACUAUUAAUAACAUUAACUAUUCAUAUAAAAGUUAUAAUAAUCAUAUUGAAAGAAUGUAGAAUAUUUAGAAAGAUUAGUAAAAAAAGAUUUAUUAUAUAUAUAAUAAUAUUAUAUUUUUUUGCUAAUCUUUUAAAUCUAUUUUUCUUUACAUCAUAUAUUAGUUUUUUUUUAAAUUAUAACAUCAUAUAUAAUAUUUAUUUAUUAAUAGUCUUUUUUCAAAUGAUUUCUAUAACUUGGGUAUAUGGUUCAGAAUAUACAUCUAAAAAAAUUAAGCACAAAAAAAUAUAUUUUUAUUUUUCUAUUCAUUUUUUUUUAUCCAUAUUUUUAAUACCAAUAUUGAUAUAUCCAUAUUAUUAUAAUAUAUAUAAUAACAUAUAUAUCUUUUCUUCUAUUCUUAUAUUGAACAUAAUACAAUUUAUUUUGGUUCAUACAUAUUUCUUAUAUUCUAUAAAGUUACCUAAAAAAACAUUGAAGCAAAAAAUAAGUUAUUUGUAUAUAUUCAAUAUGAUAAUGUUAAAAAGAAAAUUAAAUAAUAUAUUCUAUGGAAAAUAUAGAAAAUAUGAUACAGAAAUAUAUUAUAAUAAAUAUAAUAAUAAUAAUAUUAAAAGGAAUAAAAUUUACAAAUUUCAUAUUCCUCAAAAACUUACAACAAUGUGGUGUUUUUUAUUAAAAUAUUUCAUAACAACUAUUUUUAUAUUUAUACUAAUAUCUAAUUUAUUACAUCAAGUGUAUGAAAAUAAUAAAUUAUAUAACAAAUUAAAACAAAAUAAUGAUAUCCAAAAUGAUAAGUCCAAAUAUUAUCUUAACAAUAUAAAUAAAUCAUAUAUAAAAUAUACUAAUGACGAUUUUUAUUAUUUAAGAAAAACAUUUGAUAAAAAUGAAAAAAUGGAAAAAAAGAAAUUCAAUCAAAAAAAUAAUAAUACUCAAAAUUUAUUAAAUAACAAUACAAUAAAUGAAUACCAUAAAAGGAAGGAUGGACAAAAUAAAGACAACUAUAUAUAUCAUCAUAUAUAUAUUAACACGCUUAUAUAUAUUAUUGUAACUAUUUUAUUUAUAAUAUUUCUUUUCUUGUUUUCUUUUUUUUCCUAUUUUAAACACAAGAAAUUCAAUAUAUUUAUUAACACACCAAAUAAGCUUUAUAAUAUAAAUGAUAUAGAAUAUAAAAAAAGGAAGCCAAUAAAUCUUUUAUAUACAAGAUCUAUUUUUUUUUUUGAAGAAAUAUUACCGGUUCAAUAUAUUAUGCCUUCAUACAUUUGGACACAUAUAAACAAACAUUUGAAAACAGAAAGUUUUAAACAAUCAUUAAAAAAGGAUUAUGAAAAUUGUGAAAACAUUAUAGACAAAAAAUUUCUUUUUUAUGAUAAAGCACAAUAUGAAAGUUAUAUUUUAGGUCUUAUAUGUCAAGGAUCAAGGCUUGACCAUUUCACACAAAAAAAUAAAAAUAAAUAA